UUUUGAUCUAGUUCUAAUGCUUCAUGACUUAACACCGGUAUUUUGUUUGUAAUUAUCGACAUGAAAGUUCAAGGAAUUCCGUGGUAUUAGGCUUUCGUUAAAGAGACUACAAUCCAUGUAGAUCUAUGUGUCAGUGUCACUUGAAUUAAAAAAAAAAUGCCUAGCUAAAAGUAAAAACUUGCCGCAUGUGUUGAUUUCUUUGACAAAGUCACACCCUAAGGAUUACACUCAAAAACACAAAUAUAGACAUUAAAAAUGAGUGAAAGUCGAGCAUAUUCUGACAAAGAUGAUAAACCUGAUGACAAAUAUAGUGAUGACUUUGCUAGUGAUGAAGACCAAAGAACACCUACUCCUGACAAAAGUUCAAAAAACCAAAGAAGUUCACAUCAUCAGUACUACCAAGAUCGCUUUCGUGGGAAGGGAAGAGGUGCCGGUGCAGGCAGAUCCAGAGGACGUCUGGCAAAGAGAGGCAGAGGCAACAGCAGAAACAGUGAGCCAAUCGACAUGAAGAAAAGCCAUGACACCAUCACUGCCAGAGUUUUAUCAGCCAGUCGAAAUAAGAUUAAUGAACUCAGGAACAAGGUUGAAGAACUACAUAUACAGAUUAAAGAUUUAGAACAAGAAAACAGACUUUAUAAAAAACUACAGUUUCGACAAGAGAAAGCCAUUAGAGUUAUUGAAGAGAAAGAAAAUGAUUUACCGAGCAUAUUGGAAAAACAUAACAAUGAAGUCAGGUCAUUGAGAGAGCAAAACCGUAAGAUGAAAGAGAAAUAUGACAAAACUGACCGGUACCUGAGAGAUGCUGAAGAUGAGCUGGAGAGAGUGAAGAAGAAAAUGAACAAAUAUAAAGAAAUGUGUGAGCAGAAGGAGCUGAAGGAGAGAGAGGAUCUCACCAAAAAAUUAACCAAAACUGAGAUAGAGCUAGAAGAAAAAUCUUUAAAAGUGAAGGACUUGGAGACUUACUUAGAGGCUCUGAAAAAUAAUCACCGCCAUGAACUUGGGAUUGAGGUAGCAAGACAGAAAGAAUUAAAAAAACAAUUGAAGGAGCUUACAGAAAAAAACACACAGUUAGAAAAUCAAUUGAAGGAGAAGGAGAAAGCUCUAGAAUAUCACAACAUUUACAGCCGCCCUCGGUCGACACAGGACAACACACCAGAAGAUUCUCCUGUCCACAAAGCCAAAAAGAAAACCAAGUCAUUAACAGAAUUAACUCCUAGGGACAAAGCCAGAUUUUAUGCUGAAAAGAAAAGAGCUGAACUUCAGAGAAAGAAAGAUCAAAAAGCAGAACAGGAGAAAAAGAAAAGAAAACAGUGGGAAGAAGAAGAGAAAGAGAGGAAUGAACACAACGCUUCUCCUCCUGAAAUUUCAUUUCAUUCAAUCAAGCAAAAGGAGGAGGAGGAUUUUUUCACAGAGCAAAAAGAUGAUGAAAAGUUAUGGAGAGACAGAGAGAACAGAGAGAAACAAGCCAAGGAGGAAAUAGAAAAGAAACGAAGAGAUUUGGAGAAGAGGCGCAAUGAUGAAACAAAGUCCAGGAAGGAAAAGGAAGAAAAAGAACAUGCGGAGAGAGAAGAAAGAGAAAGAAAAGAAAGGUUAGCAAAAGAAGAAAAGGAAAGGAGAGCAAAGCAGGAGCAAGAGAUUAAAGAACAAGAGGAAAGGGAAAGGAAAGAGAGAGCAGAACAGGAAAAGGAAAGAAAAGAGCGAGAAAGGAGAGAAAAAGAAAAAGCAGAAUUGGAAAAGAAAGCUCAACUGGAAAAAGAAAGAUUAGAGAAUGAUCCAAUUUUUCUGGAAGAGAGAAGAAAAAAAGAUGAACUUCUCAAAAAACUAAAUGCCUUAGAUGAUAAUGACCCAGUCCAUACAGUUUCAUCAAGCAAAAAAACAAAAGAUAACACACAUUCCAUUUUUGGUGAUGGACAAGAAAGUCCAUCCAGGAGAUCUGACACCAAAGAAUACUCAUUCUCCAAGCCAGUUAAUAAUUUGCACCAAGGGAAACCUGCCUAUGAAGAUGUGUCUGUACCUUAUUUGGAGCGACAGAGACAGAAACGCAGACCAUCAGAGGAUGAUACAGGAGGCUACCAACCAUCCUUUGGUCCCCCUAAGUUACCCAGUGGGUCAAAGAUGAACAGCAAGCCUCUGAGUCUUUUUGAUGAUGAUGACGAACCAGCUUUAAAACUGAAUAACACUUCCACAACCAACACAACGAAAACUGACAAGAAGUCAACUGAUUUGUUAGAAAAUUUAUUUGGUCCUCAGGCAGCAAGUUCUAAAAAACCACACAGUAAACCUGCCGAUGAAAAAGACACAUUUUUCCUAACUGAUCACUCGCCAUCCCCUGUAAAAAAACAAGGAAGUGCUGCAUCAAAUUCUGUCACUACAUUCCCAUGGGAUACAACUUCCAGUAAUACCACCACAAAAAAACUGAACCUUGAGCCUGAAAAGAAAACAACAUUGUUUGGAGGUGGUGCAGCCAUCAUUGAAGAUGAUUUUACAUCAAAUAAUAAAGUUUUGCCACGCAGACAGCGCCAGCCUAAUCUCAACACCUUCUCCAGCAAGCCUUCUGUAACUGCUGUGAGCAGUUUUGAUGAUGAGAUUGAAGAAGUUGUUUUAUGAGAAAAAAAGAUGUUGUUGACAGAAAUGAUUAGCCAUUCAAAAAAAAUUGUGAUAAUUGUUAAUAGUCGAGAAUCAACAUUUUUCCUCUUUUAUCUAUUUCUUUUAUUUGCUUCCAAAGAAUCAGGUUUUAUAAUGUUGUGUAUGUCUGUUUUUAAAAUUAUAUCUGAAUUAAUGACUCACUGUCAAAAGUCAUCCUUCAAUGUACAGUGGAGGGAGCUCGAAGAAAGAGUCGUACAAAGAAAAGCUGGCUGGACAAGAUAAAAGAACAGACCGGCUUAAACAUCUGCUGACCAGGAAAAGUGGACAAAUCUGGUUAUGUGAACUGUCACAGUGCCCCUAUGACAAAAGCCAAGGGACAGAUGGUGAUGAUGAUUUAAUAUGCUAGUGAAAUGUAUUUUAAUGCAACUCUGGUUUGCAAAGCUACCAUCAACACAAAAUUAUAAUCUGUUAUAACUUUCACAUCACUUUUUCUUCAAUAAACUGUGAUUGAAAGCCACAUACCGGAAACCUACAUGAUCUAAUUGCACCUGUGAUACUUUGGCAUGUCUCUAUACUCUUAAUAGAGUAUUUAAGCAAAACUGUCUAAGUCGGCUACUGCUAACUUCAACAGGAUAUUGAAAAAUGUUUUUACAAUGUCAACUCUUUUUAGACUGGGAUAUUUAUAAAAUAGAACAGAUAUUUCCACCUCUUCUACCAAUUUCCAAUCCAUUAACAAUAUGAUGUGUGAUGGUUAAUUAUAUACUACUGUGAAAAUGGACCUGGACAUUUGGACAUAUUAGGACUGGUAUUAAUUAUUUGUCAAAGACAGGUGAUAGUUGUGCUAUUCUUAACAAUGACAGUUAAAUUCAAAGUAGACUACUACUAGCAUGUCAGUUUUAAUCAAUUCUCUUGUUGAGUAUGACAGUCUGAAUCUCAGUGACUUAAUUGUGUAAGUGGGUCAAAAGUAUGAUGGGUUUUCUUGUUAUACAAGUUUGUUUUUUAUAUGAAUGUAUAAAUUAUCCCAAUUUAUGCUACAGCCUACAUGUUAUGAAAUUACUUCAUUAUUUUGUGUGUAAAGCUGUUACUAUUGAAAAACUAGAAGCAAAGUUUUUAUAAAUGAUAAAAAAGGUUAAUUUUUCUGCAUUACAUACCCUGACAGAUAAUAUGGAACCAAACUUGGCAUCUGCUUGUCACUAGGAUAAAUAUUUUAUUAAACAAAGAAUUGUUGAGCUUCAAUUAAAAUUUUUACUUUUCUAUAUUUUGAUGGCUGCCUGGUCAUGUGUUAUGCACUCUAGACUGUCGUCUCAGUGGUCCUGGGUUCAUCCUGCUGGAUGUUUGGGCUAGGAUGAAAUACUCUUCAGGUCUGAAGGAGCCUCUGAAACGUGUAGAACAAUAUGGAGUUUCCUUAGCUGAAAUUUCGUACCAUUAUAUUAAAGGGUAAAAGCAUUUCAUAUUAAAGAUUAUAUUGAAAAGCUUUACAAUUAAUCAAAUGUAAUAAUUAUCACAUAUUUAUUUUUUAUACUCAUUUUAAAAUUAUUUAAUGUUAACUUAUUGGUUAACACAUUGUCCAGUUUUGUGAUCAGUUGUUGAUAGCUUUAUACAUUGUAUAUUUAGUUCUCUUGUUUAUUUUGUAUCACGUUAAUAUUGGUACAGUUUCAUUGAAAGGUCAAUCUCAUUUUUGCAUAUCACAAAUAAAUAAUUUCAUUCAAAA